AUGGCCCAAGCUCGCGAUGCCCUUUGGGCAGCUGGUCAUGAUGAAGCUGUCGAGGUCAACCAGCGAGCACUUAUCGACAAAGUUCUCGCUCGAUAUAGCGGUGAAUUCACCGUAUUCAGAGAGCUGCUCCAGAAUUCGGACGACGCGCAAUCUAAGCAAGUAGAAAUUCACUUUCAGUCUGUCGUUUCCGACGACGCUAUCACACUACCCAACCUGAAGACUGCACUCUGUCAAACUUGGAUAUUCAAGAACAACGGGGUGCCUUUCACGGCGGUGCGCAUUAUCCACCUGCUAAAGUGGGACUUGACCAUUCUCCAGGCCGACUGGAAUCGCCUGAAGAAGAUCGCCGAAGGCAAUCCGGAUGAGGAUAAGAUUGGUGCUUUCGGUGUUGGCUUCUAUAGUCUAUUCUCCGUUACAGAGCAGCCCUUAGUCAAGUCUGGAGCUGAAUGGAUGGGUUUCUUCUGGAAAGACGGCAAAGACCAGCUUUUCGCGCGACGGGGUGCGUUGCCACCCGAUGAUACUGCACACGAUCAAGCUUGGACCUCGUUUGAAAUGCCCUUGCGACAACCCGUGCCUAUGCCUGUGGCAUUCGACUUUGCGCGGUUUCUGUGCUCAUCGAUCACUUUCAUGACCCAUCUCUCUCAAGUUCGCGUCUACUUUGAUGAGAAAUGUUUGGUGAAGAUAUCGAAACAAACAGGCAUUCCAAAGGCGCUAGGUCUUCCCAAGGGUCUCCAAAGCCGGAGUCGCUUAGGAACAAUGAAUGUAGCUGGUAUCAGCUCGACAUCUCUUCGCAUUGAAGCAGAAAUCAUGAGAUGGGUUUAUACUUCAGGUACCGAAAAGCCUAAACCUCAGUCAAAGCAACAUGAGAAGCAGUCCAACUUUUUUAGCUGGUUUAGUUUCAAUUCCACGCCUCAACGCGAAUCCACCCCACUCCCCGAACCUCCGGAGGAACCCGCAAAUCUUCUGAAGAUCGUCGAGACAAGUGUAUCUCUUUCCGUUUUCUCAGCCCAAGUGAAUGUCCGACUGGACAAGGCCGCUGCCGCCGAAUUGCACAGAGCCACCAAGAAAAACCCUCCCAACUCACUCAAAUACGAUCUUAUAUAUACAGCGAAAGAUGAGUACGACGCGAGCAGGAAAGAGGACGAGCUGCAACCAUUUACAACUGGUAGCGUCUUUCAAGGCUUGCGCGCCGACUUGGAAGGACUAGCGACACGUAUGUUCAUCGGACAUGCGACUGGUCAAACCACUGGACUUGCCGGUCACAUGAGCUCGCGGUUCAUCAGUACAGUCGAGCGUGAAUCAUUGGAUUUUGUGGAUCGCCAUAUCGCAACUUGGAACAAAGAGCUGCUAUGGGUCGGGGGAUACCUGGCCCGAGCUGCUUAUGAGCGUGAGCUAUCCGACAUUCGCGAGCUUUGGAGUGGCUCUGUCAAACAUGUUUCAUCAAAUGAAAAGGACGACGAGUUGCAAAAAUGGUUACAAGGACGUGCACUUCAUGCUCUAUGCUUUUUCACAUUCCAUCCCUCGACGCCUUCCGCGGAUGUUUCUAGUCUCCUCGAAGCAGCAUUCUUCUCAUGCGGUUCAAAUCAGGACUUUCCGCUCAUUUCUACUGUCGGCGUCCGACAAGCAUCUGCAAUUCGUUAUCCCAACCCCACAUUUCGUUUCCUCAAAGAGCUUCCUGUGCUGCCAGACAGCGUCAUUUCAGAGGCAUCUGGCAUUGUGAAAUCUCUGCAACACCGUGGCUUAGUCAAGCCUAUCACAUUCCACGACGUCUUGACUGAGUUACGCGCUCGGCCAUUGAACGAAGUUGACAUGAUAGCCUGUCUGAAUUGGUGGAUUCAGUCCUACAACGCAACUCCAGACCAAUCCAUGCUGUCGAUUCGCUCAGAACUGUUGAGCGCGGCGGUACUUAUCAUGGAAGACCAAAGGGUUCUUCAACUCAGCAGCAUCAAGCACAUUCUUAACCCACGGUCGUUUAUUCCUCUGGACGGGCCCUUGCCUGACGAUCUACUGCCUGUUGCGAUCAGCAAGCAUUUACCCAUCGCUUCACUUAGCAGCGCAUUUCCGUGGACUGAUCUUCCAAUCCAGAAGUGGUUGCGGCAUAUCUGCGACGUAAGGGCGUCGUGCUCUGUAGAAUUCAACUUGUCUGUGUCGGCAAUAUGGGCUGAACGAGUUCUGGUAGUACUCGCUUCGGCGUGGCCAUCCCUGUCAAACGAAGUCAAAGCAGAAAUCAAAGAUAUUCUUCGCUCUAUACCAUGCAUUCCCACUUCAGCGGGGCUUAAAUUGCCUGAAGAAUCUUAUUUUCUGAAGGCGGAUCUUUUCCACGACCUUCCCGUAGUCACAUUUGCAUCUGGAACAACUUUGAAACCUACACUCGAACGCGUGCUCGAGGCGCUAGGAGUUCGCAAGCAUGUUGAUCUCCAAAUUGUUUUCAAUCGCAUGAUCAAAACCAAGGAAUGGUCCAUCUUCGAGCUCACUCGUUAUCUUGUCGAAGUCAAAUCAUCUUUGACUCAGACAGAAUGGAAUCGGUUAAAAAUGACCGCCGCAUUCGUCCAAGAGGCAAACCCUGGCGAGGCCUCUGAAAAACGCAAACAGUCUUGUGCUAAAGACUUGUAUGAACCAUCAGACACAUUUCGUCAGCUAGGACUACCUGUGAUAGACUGGGGUGAACACAAAUGGCGUGCGAACUCAGAUCAAGCCAAACUCUUGUUCGAUCUUGGCUUACUUCGCUAUCCUCCACUGAAAGUUUUGAUCAAUCUUUGUGCAAACUCCGAUGAGAAGACCAGGCCUAUUGCUCUGAAAUACCUCAUUGAUAACCUUCCAACGAAAUAUCUUGACUAUGACCCUGGUGAUUUCUACGACAUCCCCUUCCUUCCUGCCUUGCGCGAUAAAAUGCCCACCAUGGGAUCUCCCAAAGAGGUUGUCGCUAAUGCUGAAUAUGUCGCCUUCGGAGUAUAUCUUGUGUUUGCUCUUGGGUCGGAUGCAGCGCUCAAACUGAAAAUACAACAAGCACCGCCUACAACUCGCAUUGUCGCUCUCCUGGAAUCGACUCGUCCACAGUCCCAACUUGAAGCUCGGAAAUGGUUCACCAUUCUAGCUGGGCGAAUAUCAGAAUUCUCAGGGUCCGAGCUCAAACGACUGUCGCAAACUGCCAUGGUUCCCGUUACGAAAGAUGGCAAAGAAUCGUCACUGCAAUGGUUACCCCCCAGCCAGUGUUUCUUUGGUCUGAACUCCCAGGCUGGCUUCCAUUCUAAGAUAUUCGUCUUUGUCGACUUCGGAAUAACCGGCAAUAGAUUCCUCGCCGCUUGUGGAACCAAAGAUUCACCGAGCAUCGAACAAGUGAGCCAGAUGUUACUGGCAGACCCUCACCACUUCUAUAAACUGGCUGAUUCUCCGACCAACUUCCUUUCUGAGCUUCGCAACCUCGCAAUCAACCACCGAUCAAUUUCUUCUGCUACACUUGCCAGGAUGAAAACGACACCUGUAUUGUUGGCUCUCCACAAGCCUGCUUCCUCCGGCGACGUGGAAUAUAACGACAAUCCGAUCGAGCAGUAUGAUCUCAAAAGAGCUGAUCAAAUCGUUGUCGUCGACGACAAUAAUUCACUGCAAUAUUUUGGCGAGUUUCUUUAUACUGCGCCGCAGGAGGACAUACUAGAAGAAUUCUACCUUCUCUUGGGAUCGCGAAAGCUUAGCUCUCUUGUCAAGGAGGAGUACAAGACUAGUGCUGAACUUAAAGACUCUCGGGUCUCCGCAGAAAUUAGAGCAUUGAUCUUGGAGAGACUUCCACUGUUUUUGCAUGAACACACGCAUGCCCGAACGCGAGUCAGCUUCAACUGGCUAAACAACGACAAUCACUUCGUUGUGACUAGCUACGGAAAAGUUGCGGUAACUAAAACGAUCAACUUUGGCGAUAUUCGGAAAUCCAAAACGCAAGAGGCGUCUGCAGUGGCCAAACGAGUCGGCAGCGGUCCUAUUCUUCUCUGGAUCGCCGGUAACUCACAAGUGGACAUGUACGAAGUUGCAACGUCACUCAAUCGUCUCUUGUUCGACUCCCCAAAGACUAAUGAUGCCCUUUUGUUCAUGACAAUACUUUCCACCGAUCUCAAGGCUUUGAAAAGACGUGGAUAUAAUGUUGACAGAAUACUGAAACAACAGCAUGCCAUUCGUCAAGAAGCCCUCGCACAACAACAAGCACAACAGGCCAAGCUAAAUGCUAAUAGUAAUCAGCUGAUCUCCGCACCACCUGCUCCCGCGCUUCCAUCGAUACCCACCACCACGACCACCCCUCUACAGCCAACACCAGCGCAACAAACAAGCAAUAGCCCACCGGCAGCAGAGAAGGCUCCUCCUCUGUCAACUGGAGUGAUGAGCUCGUUGAAGCGACGAUUGAAUGCUACAAUCCAUCCAAACGAAAAAUCUGGUGGUCUUCCUCCUCCUCCCAUACCUGAUAAUUCCCGCCCACGUCCGUCCUCCUCCAAGUCCGCCACCCCAUUGAGUCACAUUUCGUCUAACAUUAACAUGGCAAUCCAAGCCUGCCGCCCGGAGUCAGGAAACCUACUUCGAAACCGCGAACAAAUGCAGCAAGUGAACGAGUCUCUGAAUGAAGGCUACUGCGAUAUUUCAGGGCGAGCAGGCGAUCUGACCGCGGUUGGUGAAGUCAGCGGCAUCAAGGUCUUUGCAUCGCACGAGGUGCCAAAUCUCCACGCCCUUAUACCGUCCAAAUACGACUCCCUCAACCGAUUUGCACCAAUCAUCCGGGGGUUGGCUCAAGUAUAUACUCUCCCUCUAACGAGCUUGCAUAUUUUUUACGAUGUUGACGGUGGUCUGAUUGCGUUUAAUCGUGGCGGCAGUUUGUUUUUGAAUCUAAGAUUCUUCGAGUCUUGGCACGAUGCUGAUGUGAAGGCUGGACGAAGUCGGGCAGCGUACAUCUCUUGGUAUUUCACGCUCGCUCACGAAAUCGCCCAUAACCUCGUCCAACCACAUAACUCUGAACACGAGUUCUACUUUUCUGCUAUCUGCGAGAAGUACUUUGGCGAGAUCUCCAAGUUGUUAGCAUAA